AUGUCAAAUUCGACAAGUGACUCGUCAUACUCGAUGUUUUUAACAUCGUUCCGGAAUCAAGUGAGUCGUCACUAUUUGUCGCUAGGAUACCCGCAUGUACGGUCUCCGUCUUACGAACGUACGCCGUAGUAAAUUUGUGUUCAGCAAGUAAGACAUUUUGCUGUUAGUUUUAAUAUUAUAGCGAAUCGACUCAUUACCAAACUUAAAUACAAGAACAUUAUUACCCAUGCAACGUGGGCGCUAUUUAUUCGAUAUUUUAAUUUUUAAGAGGGUUAUUAUACUACGUGAAAUAUGACAGUUCUUAGGUAAAACUCACAUGAAAGUUAAAAUAUCGAAAAACUAGCUCCAAUGUUCUUUUCUCAAUUCACCUCAAUAUUAUAACUAACAGCAUAAAGUGGUCCGUGUUGAACGCAAAUUUGCUGAUCCACGAUUGUAAAACGUAGACAGAUUAUGCGGAUAUCACAUUCUUUCCAAUGUUGUUUUCUAUAAUAUUAUAAGUGUGUGUAAUUUCGUAGAGUGAUAAAUCCGGAAAUGUUGCGGAUCCGUGUCUCUUACGUCCCUUGUCGGAUCGAGAAGAGGAAAUCAGGAUGGUUCAAAGUUUGCCAAUACGAAUCGGUAAAAAUAAUUUUCGUUUAGGUGGUAUUAAGGUGGGCUUUUUUUAGCAAGAAUUUUUUAGGCAAUAUUUGAUUAGUGUUGUAUUCAUAGGUACCGAGUUCAUAGAGUCUGCGAGUCAAUAAUGAGCUAGAACUCAGCCCCCAAAGAUUUUAAUGAUAAAAAAUAACUUUUAUACUAACGGUUAUGUAAAAUAUUUAUUCUUAACGCUUAAACACCGAAGUAUUCUACCAGAAAUUAAAAGUGUUUAUUAAAAUAGUAUUUUCGUCUGAUAAAAUAGACUAAGAAUAUAUUAUAUAUGUGAUAAAAACUACUUUUUAUCGCCUGUUAUCUCGAAUAACUUGUUCAUAUAUAAUCACGUGGUUAAAGAUAUCUGAGGCUUCACUACGUGGUUCAUAAUAGGUCAGUGAUACUCAUAGCUAGUGCAUAUUAAUAUAUCUCUAACACAUGUUAAUAGUUUUUUGAUUAUAGUAGGCAUUACUUGUAUUAAGUAAAAAUUAAAUUGUCAUCUACUGACAAAACCUAUUCAAAAUAGAUAUCGUAGUUUUUUAAUUUUAUGUUUUUGGAAAAAUGUUUAAAAAGUUAAAAAGCAACAGACUUUUCAGAUUUUCCGGAUAUAAUUUACGUAUUCCAACCUCUCGACCCCUAUGACUAUGAACCCAUUAUACACUUUAUUGGUCUAAACUUCUUAAACUAAAGACGUAACAACCUCGAUAGAUGUUUUAUCUGUGAACUGCUUCUGAACGAGCAGAAGCUCCUCGGUUCCUAGAACAUCUCAAUAUUCGCAUAAUGAAUAACACCAAGCUGUAAAAUGCCUUUUAUUUGACUUCUUAUCAAACCAACUACGUACAACCCCCAAAAACAUUUUAAAAACCUAGAGCCUAUGGUUGUACCUAUUCAGUGUAUGCUAUGCAUAUAUAUAUAUUAAUUAAUUUACCAAAUAAUAUCGAUUAUUACUUUAAAAUAAAUAGCGUAUAACGGCCAUAGAACGGAAAAAUGUAAACCAAAAAUAUUAAUACUAAUAAUAUAAAAUUUGCAUUUAAUUCACUACAAUAUUUAAACACAUCAUGUGUAUUUUAAUUUACGCUAAAAUGUUCUAAAAAACUGCUUAUUAUUAAUCUAAUUUAUUCAAUUUGUUUAUUCUACCACUAAGAAUUAUUUUCACCACUUCUUUAUGUAUAUUUUUAUUACUGUGCUACUGUUUUGAUCGUCAUAUUAACUGCUGUUUUGUAUCUCGGUUUCGACCCAUUGAGAUAAAGAAACAAAUAGAAAAAAAAUUCUUAACAUAAUCAUAGGUAGCAACUCCACCUUAUAGCUAAACCAAUUAAAACUCUCGACAAUAUAUUUGAAUGCUGAUGAUUUUAUUUAAAUUAUAUUUAAAAUCGUGCAAAUUUUAAAUUUUAAUUAACGUAAAAAAAGCCUUUAAAUUUAUAUAAAAAAAAAAAUAAAUAAAAUGCCUACUCGCAUGCAUAGAGCUAAAUGUAUUUAUUUCACUCCUCUAUGAGAUGAGCCUAUUAUAAUUUAUUUUCUUGUAUUAUUACAAUUAUCGAUAACGAUACAAUUAUGUAUAAUAUAGUUUCACGUAUUAUUUGUUUUUUUUAAUGUUGUGUGGUGUAGGGUAAUGAUAUCGUAAAUUAAUAUCUCAAAUAAUAAAAAUAAAUAACUAAUGUAACUGAAUUUUAAUUAUCAGUGCCUAAUCACAAUGUCAGUGAAGUCGUCAGUAGAGCAAUAAAAAGGUGUGAGGAACGGGUAAGUCGACAAAUCGAAUUAAUCGAAAAUGAAUUUAUAUCAAUCAACAAUAAAACCGAAAACCAAAUAUUAAAAGCUUCGCGAGCACUAGACGCGGCUUUGAAUGUGAUAGACAAAACAUUGUCCGAUAUUAGAGAUAGAAACCCGGUGAAUAUAAAAAAAAAAAAAAAACAUUUUACUCUGUAUAAGUACGUCUGAUAUAUUCUGUUAUAAAACUGUUGGUGUUAGGACGAUUUUUUUGACUUCGAUUUGCUAAGGCAAAGUACUAUGAUGGUGGACCAAUUAUUAGACAAACGCAAUCAAAACAUUGAUGAUUUCAUGGAAGAACUGCGUUACUUAGAAAAAAAGAGGACCGCGUUAAUUGAGAAUUGUUACAAACAACAUAUGUUAAACAUUAAAAAACUUUCGAAUGAUUCGUUUGAACGGCUGUACGAGAAAUAUCUAAAAGUAUAAAUCACACAUUAAAUUUCGUACGUGAUUUUUAGUUUAUUAUACUAUUUGCAAUGUUGUCUUCGAUUAGAAUUACAAUACAAUUAAAUUGGGAAAUUUCCGAACAUACGAAGAACUACGAUUUAAAUUAACUCAGUUGAGUGGAAGUUUGAGACAGGAUUUCGCACUUAGAGCCCAUAAUGUCAAAUUAAAAAUAAAAAAAAACAUUGGGGAGAGUUUUAAAAAUAAAUUUAUGUAAGUAAUCAAUUUGGUCAUAUUAAUAAUAAUCUUUCAAUCAUUUACUUAUAUAAUACCGAAAAUAUACUUUUAUAGAAAUGCUGCUGAUAAUAUUUUAUCGGAUAAAAUUUCAAUUAUUCAAACGAAACCCUUACAUUUGAUAAAUGAUUUAAACGAACUAUUUAACAUUGUAAUACGAGAGUUGGGAAAACAAAUAAACUGUACGAUUAUUCUAGAAAGUUCGGCAUUGUUAAAAGCGCAUUUGAAAAACCUCGGUAGAACUUAGAUUUCCGGAGUAUAAUACGACGGAUGAAUAAAAUAUUUUGAAUUUUAGAUGAAAUGAUGGCCAAUGCGAUGCCGUUAGAUCAUGAUGAAAUGUUAGAGGACAUUCAGUUGCUUUUGAUGAAAACGGUAGGGGACUUUAAUAAAACCAUUAUGGAUUCGGGUGAACAUCUUAGCCCCGGUGAAUUUAUCGCGUUCAAUAAUGAAAUAUUCACCGAAGCGAUCAGCUUACAACAGGAAAAAAUUAAAACAGUUUUGAAAGUCCAGUUAUUUUUAAGUGACGUUAAAGAUGCCAUUAAAGUAAUAGAUACGGUGCUCAGCUCGGCGACCGAAAUAUACUGCGGUCACUUAAAGCGUUUAAUGGACGCGAGAAAUACGGUUUUAGUAGGCCUAGAGGCGAAAUUUAAAAUAAACGAUUCGAAUUUAGAAGUAGACAAUAACGUACAUAAUAUUAUUAUAAAUAAUUUAAAAACGUAGCACGUUUUAUUCAUAGGUUUUUCAAAAAAAUUUCGACGUUAAAUUAGAAUCAAUGAUCCAGGCGUCAAACGAAACCGAUGUUAGACAGUUAGAAAAAAAAUGUUAUAAGGCACUGAAAUAUAUUAAUGCCAAGUAAAUCAUAAAAUUUUAAAUUAAAUAUAAGUAUAAUUAUUUGUUUAUAAUCUUUUUAUCGAAUCGCAAAGGAUCAUAUCCAAUCAAGAGAGCGAGAUAGAAGUCGUAUCAAACUAUAUGAACCUAAUUGUAUCUGAAUUUUCUAUUGUCAAAUCGGAAGUGAAACGAGUUUUAGAUUUAUUUCCGGGAAAUUUAAAUUCGAUUCCUGAUUUUCAGAAGUCUAUACACAAUGAAACUUGGGCAGAACCAAUCGAAUCAACGAUCGCAUAUUUUAAAACUGUUAUGAUAAACUGUCAGAAUGCGUAAGUGUCACAUUUAUCGUUUCUUUUUAAAUGGUUUCGAAUCUUACUACUAUCAUAAUUGUUAUUUGUUCGAUGUAUAUUAGUCUUCACAAAACAAUGUCGAGAUUAAUAGCAGACUUAACAUCGUCGGAUUUAUUGGACAACGAAUUUAUUUGGACCACAUAUAUCAGAAAUAGUAUUGACGAACGGUUUAACGUAGCAAUGGAAUUGUUUGAAAAUCUAACAAUUAAGGGAUGCGAUGAAAUCGCAAAUAACAGAAUUAACGAAAUUGAAGAACACGGGCAUCUUCUCGAGCGUCAUAUAAAUGUAAAUCAAGAAGAACUCGGUGAAUUUCAUCAUAUACAAUCAAUCACUCUAAAAUAUUAUAAUAUUAUUUAGGAUUCUCAAAAUAUCAGUGAUAAUUUAAAAGAAGAAACGUAUAAAUUGUACGAUGAAUUUUUUUUGAUGAAAGACGUGAUCCGUAAGAGUGUCCAACAAUGCGACAUUAAUGAAUUGUCAAUAAUCGAAUUGACCCGAUUUAUAAAAUAUCAAGGGAUACAAAUCGAUUCUGUUGCGAAUGAAUUUAAACAUAGAUUUGAAUCACUCUACGAAAAUGUCGAAUCGAAGUACCAAGCGAUUAAGGAUUCGACUGCGGAAUUCAUAACGGCUAUUAAGUGAAUACUAUAAAAACACGAAAAUAAAUUUAUAAUCACACUUAUUUGAAAAAUAUGUAUAUUAUUUUUUUUAGAACAUUUUCAGAAGGUGGGAAUUAUGGUCAAGAUGAAGCAACAAGUUUCAUAGAUACUUUAAACGUGUUAAGCUCUACAAUGUUUGAAGAACAAUCUGACCUCGUAGAGUUUCUAAGCCACAAUAGAUAUGAAUCAAUAAAUAAAAUCAAGGAAUCGCUUUCCAAAGAUUUAAAAUCGUGUGUUUUUAAUCUAAUUUUAUUAGUUUAUAUUUUUGACUGUUUCAAUUAUGCUAAUUAAUAUCAAUUAUUUCAAUCGUAUGCAAUUACAGAAUAAAUAUUGAACUUGAUAAAAAAGUGUUAAAACAAAAACUUUCUGUGAUUCAUAAACUUAUAAACGUUACCGUAAACCAGGAAAUUCUGAAUUUAGAUAAAAUGUUAGAUGAUCUACGUACGCAACUACAAGUUGUUAAAAUAACGUAUGAAAAAGAAGACUUCGUAAACUUGUCAAAAUGUUGGCCAGAAAUAUUAUCAAAGAUGAAAAACUUUGUCGAUUUUCUGUUAGAGACGCAUCUCGAUAUAAGUAAAAGAAUGUCGAUUAAUCUGACGUCAUAUACUAAUAUUAUUAUUUCACGAUUAUAUUUUGUUUAGAGGCUCUGCUCAAGCCCCACAUUCAAAGUUCUAUAUGGAAUACGAAAUCCAAGAGUUCGUUCGUCUUGGAAACAGUCACCUUAAAUUCGGCGAAUACGUUUGUUAAUGGAAAAUUCAAAUUUUACGAUUACUGCAAAACUCUUGUUACUAGUCCCAAACCUAUCGAUGGUUCGAGAUUUUUGAAUAACAUUUAUUUAGUGAUAUUUCAAUACACAAUGGAGUCUCAACAAAACGCUGCGGUAUAAAUAAUACAAUGUCUUAUUUAUGUCGUAUUUAUGUACUUUGUGCGCACAGGAUUUAGCGGUGAUCGAUUCAACAAAUUCUUGGACGAACCAGACGCUGAACCCAGCCCAGAUUUACCACGAAAUCAUGGAAGGAGUGAUGAGAAAGUGUAGAACAACGGUUUUACAAACGGAGUUGAUUUGGAUUUUUAAACUGUUAGGUUUGUGCGUAUGGUCCAAAACGCUAGUAAACACUAUUACCCCCCCCCCCCAUCACCAAAUGGUUCUAAUCGACUGGGUAUUUUGUUUUAGAAUAUUUUGAUUUUUUAAACGAAUUCCGCACGAUCGAAUUGCUGUUCAAAAAUUCCGUUCUGAUGGCGUAUCACAACGAUUCGGUGAUGAAACUAAACGAGGCGUUCAACGAGUUCGAGCAGGAGAGUCUGAUGGUCAAAGAAACGUCGAAAACCAUUCGUGAACGGUUUUACUUCAAAUUGAAACCGUCGCACGGACACCCAAAUAACAGCCGAAGAUUGUACGACCUACUCGCUGAAUUCCGUAGCGUGGAAUCCGAAUGUUCAAACACGUUAUCAGAUGUCUGCGCUCGUAUAGAAGUAAACGAGAAAUAAGAAACGUUCACAUCAAUUUUACCUAGUUUUGUUUUAUUAUUAUUAUUAUUAUAGACGGUUAUAGAACAAAUGAUGGAAACCUACGAACAAGCAUGCCCGACGGACGUACUGCAAAUGGCUACGUUUUUCAUAAACUGUCGCGCGAACCUCAAAACCAAACUCGACUCCAUCUCCAUCACACCCACCGCGAUCAAUACCCGUGAGUUGCACUAGACAGGGAUUAUAAUCAUUAUUAUUUUAAACCAUUCUAAUGAGUGAUGUUGCAAAAUCGUUAAAAAAAAAAAAAAAAAGUGUUGACACUAAAAAGACCAAUACCAAGAUUGAGUCUACAAGACCAAUACUACAAGACUAUUGCAGUCUUGAUAAUUUGUUUUCCCUCUAAAUAAAAACCCUCUAAUAUACAAAUUGAGUACUAUUACACUUGAACGGCAUUUAAGAGUAUAACGAAUUAUAAAAAAACAAAAUUAAAAAUAAUAUUAUAAAUACGUAGGUAGUAGAUUUGUUAUCAAUUACGUUAGCGGAAUAAUAUUAGUUCAUACGGUUGUACCGUUCGUUUAUUUUCUCGAAAUCGACCCAGACGUGGUUGUGGGAAUUACAGGUGAGUAUUAUCAGUCACGGAUACGAUUUACGUUCAAACCGCAAUAUAUUUCAUUCGUGUCCGCAAAAUGUCUCUCUAUUUUGAAUAUUAAAUAGGAUGUUAUGGUAGGUACCGUAUAUGCAUGGUUAUCGUCCGUGCGUGUUAUUGUCAUCUGACGAUAUUGUAUUGCACGAGUAUAUUAUACUGCCGCAGCAUCAGUAUUUAUUAUGUUGUAGUGUGUCUCAUACAUCAGUCAAUGUUAUUUAACCGUUAAUUUUUUUUAAAAACAAGUACUAUAGUUAUAUCUUAAAGAUCGUAAGAAAAUCCCAUACAUUUCUUGUGUUAAUAAUCGGUAGGUAUUUAUUUAAUUUUCGUAGGCAUUUUGUAAAAUAAAGCAAGUCUGCAAGAGUCCUGCAGUAAUACCAAAAUCAGGACCAUGAUUGGAUCUGCAAAAACAAGACGAAGAUCAAGACUGCCUUAGUCUUGGACUUGAUCUCUCUUCGCUAAAUGUCCAUAAUUGGUCCUGAUUUAUCAAUUAUUCAACGUGAAUUUAGAAAAAUCGUGGAUUCACGUGUUUUUUUUUUUUUUUUUUAUAGACUACGAAUUUAAAGCAAUUUCAGAAUCUCUGGCUACGAAACUAACGGAAAAAGAACAAAUCGAACUGGCCGUGAACACCGCAAAGCAGUUUUUACAAACGGAAGUCAGUGCCGUCUUCUGGCCAGAUAACACGCGGCUCUGGACCGAGAACGUUCGCGUAAGUCGAAUACAAACGGCAACUGAUUCCGCUAUUAGUGGCGCCGAAGUAAAAAAUCUAAUGUAGGACAAACUUAUUAACAAAUAUCAGACAACCGGCGACAGGAAAAAAAAAAACUAUACCAUAUAAAUUUAUUUAUUUUUGGCGAAGGGAUUCUUCCGGGUCUCCCCCUCGGCAAUGUUUUAUUCAUUAACAAAAACUAUUUGUUUAAAAAACAUUAAUGAUAACGAUGAUAAAAAAAAAAAAAAACGUCGCAAACGAAAAACGCGAUUUAUUUUUCUUCUUGUUCCGACCGCCAACCGACGUCUAUAGUACCGAGGGAGUACAUGCGGGCGGUACAGGCGGUUUUAUCGAUACGUUCGAUUCUUUUAACGAUAAUCGAAACCAGUGACGGGUAUUUGGGAGCACCGGCCAACGUUGGACGGUUCAAAGCGCUCAUACCGUCGAUUCCGUUUUUCAGUACCAACGUCGGCGUUUCAGUCCGUUACGAGGUUCGACUUCAAACGUCAUAAAACCGCGCGACGUUGUAUUCCAGUCCGUUUCACCGCGCCUCCACCCCGCGGCCCGUCGUCCGCCGUCCGAACCGUCGCCGCCCACGGUGUUGUCGCGCGAUUGUUGUUGCCGUUGUCGUUAUCGCGCGUUAUCGUGUCAUUAUAUUCACGCCCGGGAACGCCCCGAAUCGCCGUACGCGAGGGUGGCGGGGUGGGUGGGGGGGGGUAUGGUGGGGUGGCGUUCGCACGCGGGGGUUGAUAAUGAAACCGAAAACGGUAAUAAUAACAGCGAUGUUACCGUUACCGUUGUCCGACGAACAGUCCGCGCCGUCGGCCACACGACGACGACGACGACGACGACGACGACAACGCGGACCGCGUGUGACCGACGAUAUCCGUGACGCGUCUGUCCCGCGCGCGCGCGUAACGGCGCCAAACUCCCGGUGUAGUCUUUACUAAUCGGCCGGAUCGGAAGACGCGCGCGAUUCUUUUCCCCGUGCGCGUAUUAUUGUUGACACGUUGCACCGGUAAUAUUCCCACGGGCGGGUUUUCAUCAACCGCGCGCGUAUACAUUAAUACGGUAACGCGGCGCGAUCGCGACAUUCUAGCCGUGUUGUGACGCCGGCGUACGACACACGGCGCAGCGGCCGGAUCCGCGGUACCCGUCGGCGGCGCCGCUCCGGACGCGCGAUGUUCGCGGCGAUAACCGCGCGCCGUUCGCAUAUUAUCGUCGGUGGGCGGGGGGUGGGGGGGGGCAGCCGCGCUCGUUUCGGUCGGCAUCUACUCGGAACGCGUUUUCCCUCCGGGGACCGACUUCCCGACUCCGUCCCGGACCGACGUGUUAACGACUAACGUACGCGAACGAAAGAUGACACGGCUGAGACGCACAGUUAAAAACAGUGUUCUCCGUCACGCAACACCGGUACCGACUGAACAUUGUAAAAUACGAUUGCCGACAUAAACGCUGCGGAAUCGUAUUUACCCGAUAAACCGACUGCACGGUAAUAACGUAUCGAGACGAAAAUGAUAAGCGAUUUCGAUUUAUCUAUACGAAUCGUGUAAGAAAAAACGUCAAAAUCGACAUUUGAACCGUCCGCGAUCCACUGGUCUCGAUACUCCGUUGUGUCGUCGCUUUGGUGCCGCGUGUUCAAAUGAAGUUUCGAUCUAAUUACAAUAACAAUCCAACGACGAACGGUGUACAGUUAAAGUUUCGAUGGUCACCGCUGUUUGUUGUGCCCUUCCACGAAUUACCUUAUUGUCUGUUAAUCGGUUAUAUUUAACUAUUGGUCCGUAUCGCCACGGCAACCGACGGGUUAGUAAGAACAGUUGGAUUUUCGGGCGGCUAAAAAUACUAAUGAUUGCCGCCCUACCUCGGCCCACCUCAGUGCUUGAAUACGGUGAGUGGGCGGGUGUGUGUGUGUGUAGCUUAGAUAUUUUAUUCCCGGUCUAGAACGAUAUCCGUGCAAAGUUCCGGCUCAAUCCGUCCCGUGUUUGCGGGGCAAGAGUUGGUAACAAACAUCCGUCCGUUCGAAAAAUGUUUCGCAUUCAUACCUACUAGUACACGUAGUGUUAAUCUGGCGACCGGCACAAUCGGGAUGUUUUAUUCGGUUUAUGUAUGAUUGAAAAAAUAGGUUUCGCUAAUGCGGAUUAACGACGACGAUGUUCUGAAAACGUAGUUUUCGCGGCCGGUAUUUUCCUAUGAAAAUCGCUAUUAUACAUAAAUAUUUCGGUUUUACGUUUUGUUUUUGUUUUUUUUUUUUUUUUUUAUCACACGUCGCGCGCGAUUUACGUAUUUCGAUUUCGAUUAAAACGUUAUUGCGGUUUAUCGCUCGCCAAGGCCGUUAACCCGUAAAUAGUGUCAUUUGCGCUGUACAACCACCGACAAUCCGCGAUUUAUCGUAUCGCGUAUUGUGUAGUGCACGGGUACCCGAUCGUGCGAGCGAUAACACUACGCGCAAAACUGCGUUUGUCACUUUGGUCCCGGCACCCGAACGUGAUUGCUCGUUGUAUUUUCAGGACUUUUCGGCGCUCUGUCGGGAUUUUCGCGACCGAGUCCAGAAGUACGACGCCGCGGAAAAAUCGAGAUUAGUCGACUGGGCGACGAGUUUCCUGCGGGACGUGGAACAGAUAAAGGAACAAUACCGUUAA